AUUUUGAUAGCUGGACCCCUGGGCCAAAUGGGUAAAGGCAAAACCAGGCGGUGUGGAUCUUAACAGUACACAUUAUGAAAAACCGACGAUUUCGGACCCUCGUCCUGCUACGGAAACGUUCUUAGCAAAAUUUCAGGCGGACCAGGGGAAAGCCAUCAUUAGCAAGGAAAGAAUAACGCUACAAUCAAUGGCUGAACAACAUCAUCGUCGGGAGGAAAUCCGAAGACUCCAAAAACUUAUCGACGCUGGAGACAAGGCGGAGUCAACCAUCAAGAAGGAAAACGACUCCGUUGUGUCUGCCACACGGAGAGUAAAACAAUUGUUGAUAGGAGUUUACGAUUAUCUCACCGACACUCAGGACCCCUACCGAACGAAAGCCGCCAUCCAUGGCGCCCCGGCCAUCGGAAGAAUCCCACCCGAUAACAUCGAUCUUUCAGAGAGCAUCCAGAACGCCAGUUCUCACAUGCCGACCAUUUUCGAACGCCCGCCAUCGCCCCAGCUUGCGCCUCGCACGGCGUGUGAUGUUCUACCGGACGCGAAUGAUAUGGGCAUUCCGACUUCUCCGCCCCCUUCUACCGAUUAUAUUCACGAGGAGACAGCUGUUCCGGAACAGCUCCCAAAUACGCAAUCCAAGUUCACGCCGCUGGACAAAAAAGGCUUCACCCAGGCCAACGCACAACUAAAUCUCACCAGCAAUGGGGUUAGCGAUACUGCCGCGGAUACUGAAAAAGACCUUAACCCCUCGACUCCCCCGGUCAGCAGCGGCGUGCUCAAUGGUGCCGAUGCAGCUUCUUUCAAGAAAGACCCUACAUUGCAGGUGUCCGCUCCGCUAAUCAGCAACAAAGAUUGUAAUGGGGCAGAAUCUGCCAUCCCAGCAAUUGCGCCGGAAAGAACCUCUCAAUCGAAAGGCAUGGGCACGUUCGAGUCCUUUCUCAGCCGAGCGACGUCCAGCGGGCGUCCAACCAUCCGGCCUUUACCGGAGUACCGAGAAGCUUUUCUUGCAGCCUAUGAACACGCUUUACAACAACCGCAAGAAGACCAGUCGCUUAAAAUCGACACCUCAAUCGCCCGCAAGCGGAAAAGAGACACUGCCAACCAUGGCAGCGUUGGGGUCUGCAAUAUUUGCGGAGUCUUCGAAGCGGCAAACGUCCAACGGAAAACGCCUAUUGCCCGACAACUCGUCAAUUGCUCAAAUUGCGAGAAAUCAUUCCACAUGGGGUGCCUCGAUCCCCCCAUGAAGAAGAGACCGCCACGAGGAUACGCCUGGAGGUGCUUGGAUUGUGAUACCACGCCUGAGAGCGAGUCGUUCCCCGACUCGCCCGACUCCGAAGUCACAGCCCCACUUCCGAAAAGGCGACGAACCGCCCCAGAACGUUAUGAAUGAAAUUCUAGAAACAGAGCGAUUACGCGCUUGCCCCUCGAGUGUCCAAAAAUAGCUUAGCCGAGACCCUCCUGCCCUGGGGAGAAACAUAACACACCUCAAACUUGGCGCUUAAUAA